AUGACUUCAUCCCCUUCUAACUCCACGUCUCACAUCACUAAUAAAACAUGCUCUCUUAGACGUUCUGCUUUGACCGAUUUCCUUGCUGCUAAUAACAUUUCUGCUGCGCAAAUUCGCGAUGACCACGACCGUCGGGUUGCAGAGGCUGGGCAGGCAAAUAACGAGGAGGAAGGACAGGCUGCAGAUGAAGAUUACCAAGAUGAGGCCUCGUCUGAACCCCAACCAGAAUCCCCCGAGGAAAAAUCCCGAAAACGCAAGCGACAGCAAGCCAUAGAGAAGAUCAAGAAAAGCAAGGAGUUUGCUCGCAGGAAGGCUCGGCGCACCGGAGAGCCUGAUGAUGACGAUGAAGCGUUGGCAAAUGAAAUGGCGAAUGAAAAAGAACGGCCCAAUCCAGGCCAACUGGCAAAUUGCGAGGUCUGUGGCAAGCGUUUCACCGUUACGCCCUACAGCAAGACAGGCCUAGAUGGUGGUCUUCUUUGUCCUGCUUGCUCUAAAAAACAUACUGGAAAGGAUAAAAAAGACAAACCUAAGAAGAUAGGUCCCGAGCGCCGCAAGAUACAAGCCAGCCUGAUGGACGGAAUCGCUCUGGUUGGUUCUCGAAGCUUGUUGGAGACAUGCAUUAAAAAAGUUGCCGACAAUAUUAAUGAUGUGGAAGAGUUUGGUGACCUUCCUCCCCCAGUGAUGCAUCGCUUAAGCCAAAUUUUGUCUCGCAAUCGCGCUGUCACACCAAGGACUCUGGAUCUUUUUUUGCGACCGCUCCACAAGGAAUUGAAUGUUUAUGACUGCGCUAAGUUAGGAACCAAUGAUUUCCAUAAAAUACUGGCCACUAUGCCGGCCUUGACUCGUCUGAACCUGAGAUUCGUGAGUCAAAUGAAAAACCCAGUUUUUGAAUACAUGAUUGCCCGAGAAAUGAAGAUUCAAGAUCUUCAUCUAGACUCGCCAAAUCUUGUGACAGAUGACAUAUGGCGGCAACUAUGGAUGAACAUGGGCUCUCAUCUUCAGAGCCUGAAAUUAUGGAAUCUUGAUAGCGCUUUUGAUGAUGAGACUCUCGAAAUAAUGAGCAAGCACUGCACCAACUUACGGCGCUUGAAGCUGAAACAUCUCGCACGGCUUGGAGACGGGGCCUUAGAGGCAAUCUCAACAAUGCAGUCCCUGGAGCACCUGUCUCUUGAUUUUGAUAAAGAAACAGACCCAGAUAUUCUUCUCAAAAUGAUUUCUCAAACAGGGCCCAGCCUUCGCUCUCUUUCCCUCGAAGGGUUUGAUCAUGCAGAUGAUAGGUUGCCUCAACACAUCCAUGAUAAUUGCCGUGCGUUAUUCAAGCUUCGAAUUUCUAGAAAUUCCGAUAUCACCGACAAGGCAAUAGCUGAGCUUUUCAAUGAUUGGUCAAACCCCCCUUUGAAACGUGUGGAUUUCAGCUUUCUUCGAGAUGUUGAUAUGUCUAACCCCGAAGGCCCACCUGAGCCCGUGGGCCUUGCAUCGGAUGGGUUUAUUGCCUUGAUGAAACAUUCAGGCUCUAAACUCACGAAGUUGAAAACGGCUUCGUGUCGUCAUAUUUCGUACGCCGCCUAUGAGGAAGUAUUUGCUGAGAAUAAGCAAUAUCCCGAGCUCAAGUUCAUGGAUAUUUCUUUCAAUGGAGCCGUUGAUGACUAUAUCGCGCAAAGUAUUUUCCGUUGUUGUCCUGCUCUCACGAGGCUGGUUGUUUUCGGCUGUUUCAAGAUUCGUGACCUUACCGUGCCAGUAGGCGUGGCCGUUAUUGGCACCGUGGGUGCAAAAUUAACAGUCCGUGGGAUUGCGCAGAAGGAGCUUGUCUAG